GUGGACACCCCAGCCCAGACGGAGCACCCACCCCGACACCCCGUCCGCCAUCCGGCCUCACCAUGUCCAAGAAGGGGGCCGGCGGCCGAGCCAAGGGGGACAGGGCAGAGGCUUUCGCGGCGCUCCAGGCGGCCAACGAGGAGCUGCGAGCCAAGCUCACGGACAUCCAGAUCGAGCUGCAGCAGGAGAAGAGCAAGGUGAGCCGAGUGGAGCGCGAGAAGAACCAGGAGCUGCGGCAGGUGCGCGAGCACGAGCAGCACAAGAGCGCCGUCCUGCUCACGGAGCUCAAGACCAAGCUGCACGAGGAGAAGAUGAAGGAGCUGCAGGCCGUGCGCGAGGCGCUGCUGCGGCAGCACGAGGCCGAGCUACUCAGGGUCAUCAAGAUCAAGGACAACGAGAACCAGCGGCUGCAGGCGCUGCUGCACGCCCUGCGGGACGGUGGCCCCGACAAGGUCAAGACCGUGCUCCUGUCCGAGGCCAAGGAGGAGGUCAAGAGGGGCUUCGAGGUGGAGAAGGUCAAGAUGCAGCAGGAGAUCUCGGAGCUCAAGGGCGCCAAGAGGCAGGUGGAGGAGGCGCUGACGCUGGUCAUGCAGGCGGACAAGAUCAAGGCCGCGGAGAUCCGCAGCGUGUACCACCUGCACCAGGAGGAGAUCGGCCGCAUCAAGAAGGAGUGCGAGCGUGAGAUCCGCAGGCUGAUGGAGGAGAUAAAGUUUAAAGACAGAGCAGUCUUCGUGCUGGAGAGAGAGUUAGGGGUGCAAGCCGGGCACGCUCAGAGACUGCAGCUCCAAAAGGAGGCUCUAGAUGAGCAGCUGUCCCAGGUCAGAGAGGCCGACCGGCACCCCGGCAGCCCCAGGCGCGAACUUCCUCAUGCAGGCGGUGCAGGAGACGCCUCAGACCACUCGGGAAGCCCUGAACAGCAGUUGGAUGAAAAGGAUGCCCGGCGCUUCCAACUGAAAAUCGCGGAGUUAAGCGCGAUCAUCCGAAAGCUGGAGGACCGCAACGCCCUGCUGUCGGAGGAGAGGAACGAGCUGUUAAAGCGUCUGAGAGAGGCUGAGAGUCAGUACAAGCCGUUGCUGGAUAAGAACAAACGCCUCACUCGGAAAAAUGAAGAUUUGUCUCACACUCUGCGUCGAAUAGAAAACAAGUUAAAGUUUGUCACCCAGGAGAACAUAGAAAUGAGACAGAGGGCCGGGAUCAUCCGGAGACCCAGCUCCUUAAACGACCUCGAUCAAAGUCAAGACGAAAGAGAAGUUGAUUUCCUGAAACUUCAGAUUGUCGAGCAGCAGAACCUCAUAGAUGAGCUUUCUAAGACCCUGGAAACCGCCGGCUACGUCAAGAGCGUGUUAGAGCGAGACAAGCUGUUGAGAUACCGGAAGCAAAGAAAGAAAAUGGCGAAACUCCCCAAGCCGGUCAUUGUGGAGACCUUUUUCGGUUACGAUGAGGAAGCGUCCCUGGAAUCCGAUGGCUCUUCCGUCUCUUACCAAACGGACCGGACGGACCAGACCCCCUGCACCCCGGACGACGACUUGGAGGAGGGCAUGGCCAAGGAGGAGACGGAGCUGCGGUUCCGGCAGCUGACCAUGGAGUACCAGGCGCUGCAGCGCGCCUACGCCUUGCUGCAGGAGCAGGUCGGAGGGACGCUGGACGCAGAGCGAGAAGUUAAGACGCGUGAGCAGCUCCACGCAGAAGUGCAGCGGGCGCAGACGCGCAUCGAGGACUUGGAGAAGGUGCUGGCGGAGCAGGGGCAGGAUAUGAAGUGGAUUGAAGAGAAGCAAGCGCUGUAUCGGAGAAACCAGGAACUGGUGGAAAAGAUCAGACACAUGGAGGCAGAGGAGGCGCGGCUGAGACACGAGGUGCAGGACGGGAGAGACCAGAACGAGCUGCUGGAGUUCAGGAUCCUGGAGCUCGAGGAGAGGGAGAGGAAGUCACCCGCCAUCAACUUCCACCACACGCCCUUCGUGGAUGGGAAGAGCCCCCUCCAGGUGUACUGUGAGGCCGAAGGCGUGACGGACAUCCUGGUCCCUGAGCUGAUGAAGAAGCUGGACAUCCUGGGGGAUAACGCCGUAAGUAACCUGACCAAUGAGGAGCAAGUGGUUGUCAUACAAGCCAGGACAGUCCUGACCUUGGCCGAAAAGUGGCUGCAGCAGAUCGAGGAGACAGAGUCGGCGCUGCAGCGGAAGAUGGUGGACCUGGAGAGCGAGAAGGAGCUGUUCAGCAAGCAGAAGGGCUACCUGGACGAGGAGCUGGACUACAGGAAGCAGGCCCUGGACCAGGCCCACAAGCACAUCUUGGAGCUGGAAGCCAUGCUGUACGACGCCCUACAGCAGGAGGCCGGGGCCAAAGUGGCCGAGCUGCUGUCGGAGGAGGAGCGGGAGAAGCUCAAGGUGGCUGUGGAGCAGUGGAAGCGCCAGGUCAUGAGUGAGCUGCGGGAGCGCGACGCCCAGAUCCUGCGGGAGCGUAUGGAGCUGCUGCAGGUGGCACAGCAGAGAAUCAAAGAGUUAGAAGAAAGAAUAGAAGCUCAGAAGAGACAAAUAAAGGAACUGGAGGAGAAGCUUUCAUUCUCUGGUCGUAGCCAGUCCCGGCACCCUGACCCGGUGAGUAUCGCUACUGGGCCCGGCCAGGCUCUGCUGCCCGGACGCCCGGCCCGCGCCACCCACAGCCCCCGCAGAGCUCGCCCCGAAAACCAGACGUCCCUGCUGGGGCCCGGACUCAGAGCCUUCUGCUUCCAGAGGCUGCGAGGGGCACUCGCCUUUCUCGAGAGAAAGGGGGCAGGGCCGGCACCGCCCAGUGCAGGACCAGCCGUGUGCGAGGAGCCCAGGGUGGUUUUUCUGCUUCCGGGCCGUCUUGGCAGGAAGCGGUUCCGGCAGAUCGAAGUUGAUCUGUCAUUUUUCUUUGUCCUUUUCUGGGUGGUGCCAAGCACAAGCUGUGUCCAGAGUGCCCUGGUCCCCACGCUGCUGGCUCUCAGGGGCACCGGAGCAGCACCAGGCUGCAGGCCCCGCGAGGAGCCGGCGGCCCCUUUCCUCCGGCGGGACCAGAGAGCAGCAGGCGCUGGCAACAGAUCGGGGCGUGGUGCUGCCAUGCUGAAGCCCCCGGCGGACCUGGUCUCCUCACGCCCGUCCUGCGGAGGAGGAGGGAGAUGGCUCUUCGACGGGGGCGGGCUGUCUGAGCCCCGCCGGCCACUUGGGACGAGCCAGUUAGAACUAGUUUGCUGACUUCUUGGGGCUUCUCUGGGAGAGGCCUCCUUGGCUGCUGAGCCCUGGGGUCCCCCGACAGCAGCUGCCGUCCCGCUGCAGGGACGUGCGGGUUCCCUGCCACGCAGGGCAAGAACCGCUUCUGUGCAGGAGCACCCCUCCCUCUCGGUUUCCACAGCAACCAUCACCGAGUCUGGAGGAAGAUUUUCAGAAACGGCACGGGCUGGUCCCUGGUGACAAGGUGGAGGCUGUGACCUGGGGGUGAUCUCCACCCCUGGAGGGUCCCCGGCACCUCAGUGCCCCAUGCGGUGCCUCGUUGCCGGGCUCCUGGGCGCCCGCUGAUGA